UAUGUGUAGUUUUCCGUGCAUCUAUCUACCUAUGACACGUCUCUCAUAGAGUUCAAAUUCCUCAAGCAAGCCGAGCUUGGAGUUGGACCCCAGUUUCCUACUUUUGACAUUUUCUCAAGAACCAACCGACCAUGUCGAGAUUAAGCGGGGCCUGCAGUCUCCCAACAGCCGGCUCGAGAUAUCAAGUUGCAGCACAGCGGCCCAACGUUCAACAACCUAGGCGACGCGGUACAAUCCACGGCAGAGGCACACUCGGACGUUGAUGGCGGCAGAUAACAAUAUUGGUGGCCUUCCCGGCAUCUUACGCCUCACUUCCGACACACGACGCCGCAUCUACCUGCACGCUGGGCUGGCGUACCAAGACCAUGAUUUCGUGGCAGUGCCCGGAGUUUACAACCUAGGCGAGCGGACUGUUGAGAGGCGCCACGAGAUAGAUCAGAGGUGUAGAAAGUUCCACGGCUUGUUGCUCUCGUGCCCAACUAUAUACGCCGAAGCAUCCACCGUCCUAUACUCGGCAAACUGGUUUCUCAUCCGUUACCAAGCCCGUCGGUCUCUCGCGCCCCUUCGUUCUCUGACCCCUCACUCGUUGGCUCAUUUGGCCAAUCUUAAAAUCAUACUCAACCAAACCUCCUGCCACGAAGAACAGCAAACCGGAGAGGAGGGCCACGGAGAAUGCUGCGACAACGGCACGGUCAAGUCAACCACCGCGCGCUGCGACGUCUUCGAGCAUGAUCACGACCUUCCCCUCUACACAUCGGAUUCGCGAACCGAGGCCGUUCUUGCAGAGUGGCACGCAACUGCCACCUAUCUCGCAGCGCAUAUUGUUCCCGGACAGCUCGAGCUGACCUUGGUGUGCGAUGUGCACCACGAAAACGUCGAAACAGCCAAGCUCGUGCUGGACAGCCUCCGUUUACUGCCCCGGCUUAAAGAUUGUCAUAUCCGACUCUGCCGUAUCCGCGAGCCCCAACUCCAACAGCUCGCCCAGGAUGCUGUUUUACGGGCCCGCGGUCUCCUAUCCGCCGAACACCUGGCGGCGUCUUCGGGCUCUGCUCCCCGUCUAAUCAACCUCCCACGCGAGCUACAGCUUCGUAUUCUCGAGCAUACCGACCUUGUCACGCCUCAUAAAGAGGUUAUGUGGAGGAGAGGAUCCCAUGGAUAUUACAGAGCGAGCGCCGGAUACUAUACACCGGGGACCAAUCGCCCGCCCGAAAUCCACCACGGGUAUCAGUUUAUCUGCUGCGUCGGAACGCCGUGGCCGCAUCCAUCCAACGGCUGUUGCUGCCGCCAACGACACGCGGCCGUGUCGUCUCGAUGUAAAUGCUGGGCGCCGCCGACUCCUUUGUUCCGUGUCUGCCGAACACUCUACUUGGAGGCGAAUCGAGUCUUGUACAGCGAAAACCGUUUUAUCGUUAUCGAGACUCCGUUUAUAAGCCCGUUUGCUGAAUGGGGCCCAGGCGAUUACCCAUACUCGGUCUUCGCGGCCAGCCAGUUCCUACGGCACGUUGUCCCUCGCCACUGCCUUCAACAUAUCCGCUUCCUCGAGCUAGUGUUCGCCCCCUUCAGCCAUUUGAGUAAGCCGCGGAACGGGCAUCCCGCCCUACAGGACUGGUCCGACACGCUCAACUGGGUGAAGCAGGAACUCAACCUACCGGGCCUGACCCUGCGUUUGAUCAUGGUGGACGAGUACGAUGAGGGACUCCAGGUGAGGCGCGAAAUAACGCGGGCGCAAGGAAAAGAAGUCCUGGCGUUCUACAACUCGAUCCUACUGCCCAUACGGUGCUUGAAUCCGGUAGGGAGUGAGGGUGGUCUGGCACGGUUCUAUACUCAGAUGAGAUGGCCCUUGAGAUGGACAGAGUGGGCGCGGAGCAAGAUACGGGAGAAGGAGGGGUGGGGCUGGCUGGAAUCCAAAGAACGAGAGCUCAAGAGGCGGACCGAGCAAGCUAUCAUGGGAGAGCGGUACGAGCGUGUCUGCGUCGCGGCCAAGGAACCGAAGGCGAGCCUCUGGACGUGGGCUUGUCCCAAUGAUUCCUGGGAUUAAUACUUUUACAUAGGCCGAGCAAAUAUUCAGAUUUCUACGU